AUUGUAGGCAAUCGCCUAGUAAAAUGCUUAUAUUUAGAGUUAGAAAAAGUGCUUCAGAUCAUCAAACGUAAGCAAACAUGUUCAGUAAUAACCGCAAUAUAUUAUUUAAAGGUAUCGUUUUAGCAUUGUGCAUUAUAUCUUGUGUUCAUUUGUUUUUUUUCCCUCUAUUUGAAACAAACACCAAUCCAAACGUUAUAAGGACUUACUUGGAUUUGGAACAAAGCCUGUGUGUAAACGAUAUUCGAAAAAAGAAGCCUUUAAAGCCGGGAAAGUGUCCGGAAAAUGGAAUUAUUACAGUGGAACAAGGUGGUAGACUAGGUAAUCAAAUAUGGGAAUACACGGCAGUUUUUGCUUUAGCUAGAGAAACCGGCUUGGAUCCGUACAUUCCUCGGUGUAUUAAGCUGAAGUUGGACUCAGUGUUUGAUAAAUUAUCUGUGCCAACUUUGGAUGAAAUCGGUCACUGUCUAGUACAAAGGGAUUUUUAUGUCAUGACACCUGAACAGUCUAAUAUCGAUUAUUUUUUAGAAGCAUGGAAUUUUACUAAUCAAAGUGUUAUUUUGCCGAAAUACAUCAUGCAACCUUCAUUAUUAUUAAACUGGGGCCAAGAUAUUAUUCAUGAGUUUAGUAUUAAAAAGAGUCUCGUAGAAAAAAGUCAAAAAAUAUUACAUGCAGCUGUUAAGUACGUAAAAACACCUGUUGGAACUUUUAUAGGAGUUCAUGUAAGAAGAACUGACUACAUUAGCUAUGUCAAAAGAAAAUAUAAUUCAAGUACUGUCGAUAAAAGUUUCUUCCAAUCGGCAAUGCAAUUAUAUGAAAGCAAAUUUUCCAAUCCAAUAUUUAUUUUCGUCAGUGAUGAUUCAAAAUGGUGUUGGGAUAAUUUUAAUUACAAGAAAAAUGCCUAUAUAACUGGAAAACAUCACAGCAGCUCCCCUGGUUUGGACAUGACCAUACUGGCCAACUGCAACCACACAAUCUACGACUAUGGAACAUACGGCAUGUGGGGGGCCAUCCUAGCUGGUGGAAACGCGGUCCAUUACAGCUUCAAAGAAGAAGGUCCUGUUUUCCAAACCACGGCUCUGAAAAAUUAUCGUGGUCGUUAAAUAACGAAAACAAAAAUUUCGAAAGUCUGAUAACUUUUCUAGAAUACAUUUCUUUAUUUUUAUACUAAAUACUUAAAAUAAUUCAUUUUUUAUAUAGUUUUAUUUUUAAAAAGAACUUUAAAUACAAUAGAUUUAUAUGUAGAUAGGAAAAUUUCGUAGCUAUACAGAUAAAAUUAAAUAAUUUCACUUGCUCAAAAGUAUAAAGCAGAUAAUUUAAAUUAUUAUCUCUACUUUUCAAAAAUUUAGCUAAAUCACUAAUAGUCCAGGAACCGAAGCUUUUCACCUCGCAAUUUUUACAGAAUAGAUCGAUUUGCCUCAAAAUUUGAGAAUAAGUAGUGGAUAGUCCAAAGAUCAAAAUCUAUAUGAUGCCGAAAGGCGCUUUUACCAUGGGGGUGGUUGCCACCCCAUCUCGGGGGUGGACAUUUUUUAUUAUAUUUUGACCGCAAAAGUUGAUAAAAACAUUAAUUUUAGCCAAAAAAUAAUUUAUACAUUUUUUUGAUAAAAUUAAUAGUUUUCGAUUUAUUCGCUACCGAAAGUGUUAGUUUUAUAUCGAAAAAAUCAAUAUUUUUCUAUAUUAUACUCAUUUACGAUUCACUCAAUUUUUGGCGUAGAAAAAAUUUUUUCAAACCAAGUUCUUGGGAAUUAAAUGACCUACAAUUUCAUAUUUAAACAUUUUUUCGUAUCUCUGAUGCUAAUCUUUCUAUUCUGAAGAAAAUGGCAUUUUUUACCAAACUACAAAAAUUCGUUAUUUGCUUUUAACUCCAGUUUUUUAAAAACUAAUCAUUCUAAGCCAGUCAAACUUCUGAAAUCUAUUAAUAAUAUGUACAUAAAUAAAGAAGUUUGAAUAAGGCCAAUGACUAAAAACACCGCUAACUUACACUAUUAUGCUUCCAAUUGGAUUUCUUCUUUUUUUUUCAAAAAAAUAUAUUGAUUUUCUAAUCGUAACUUUUUUAUUUUUUAUCCUAGAAAAUUGGGUAAAAAAUAAUUUUGUAGGUUUUUACAAGAUCUAUAAGGCUAUUAAUAUUAAAUCCUUUUAAAAUCCUCAGUCGCAAAAAGAGGUGAUUUUGAAAUGGUUGGAAAAGGGUUUUUUGCAUGUUAUAAGUUUUAAUUGUCAAUAGCUCACUCAAUUUUUGCUGUGGAAAAAAUUUAUGCAAACCAAGUUCUUGGGAAUUAAAUAAGCUACAAUUUUAUAUUUAAAUAUUUUUUCGUAUCUCUGAUGCUAAUCUUUCUAUUCUGAAGAAAAAGGCAUUUUUUACCAAACUACAAAAAUUCGUUAUUCGCUUUUAACUCCAUUUUUUUUAUUUAUUAUUCUAAGACGGUCAAGCCUCUAUAACCUAUUAUUAAUGCAUACAUAAAGAAGACCAAAUAAGAUCAAUUAAUAAUUUUAAUUAGGGUGGUAAGUAGGGGCAAGUUUCCAAUCACUUUUUCGCUGAAAAAAAAAAUAGAGACUGACAUGCUUUUUAUUAUAAGUCAUUUAAUUUUUGAGCUAGAGACUAUUUUUUUUAUUUCUGGAGAUAGAUAUUUUUAAAUACUUUAAAUUAGUUUGAACAAAUUAUCCUCGAAAAUUGCAUAGAUUUCCCGUCUUUUGACUUUGAAACUACAAUAUUUAGCAUUUGACGAAGAAGAGCUAACAUAUAAUAAAGUAUAGCUCGA